AUGCUGCCGUGGCGGCGGAACAAGUUCGAGCUGCUGGCGGAGGAGCCGCGGCAGCCCAGCAAGCCCAAGGGCUAUGCGGUGAGGCUGCAGUGCUCCGCGCUCGGCUCGCUCGCCCGCGCCUGCCCCGAGGGCGCGCUGCACCGCGUGGGCAGCAUGUUCCGCUCCAAGCGGCGCAAGUUCCGCGUCACCAGCGAGGACCCCACUUACACGGUGCUGUACCUGGGCAACGCGGCCACGCUGCAGGCCAAGGGCGAGGGCUGCACCGACCUGGCCGUGGGCAAGAUCUGGGCCAAGAGCGAGGCGGGCCGGCAGGGCGCCAAGAUGAAGCUGACCAUCGGCGCGCAGGGCAUCCGCAUGGCGCACGCCGAGGAGCGGGCCCCGCGCCGGCCCGGCCACCUCUACCUGCUGCACCGCGUCACCUACUGCGUGGCCGACCCGCGCCUGCCGCGCGUCUUCGCCUGGAUCUACCGGCACGAGCUGAAGCACAAGGCGGUGAUGCUGCGCUGCCACGCCGUGCUGGUCUCCCGGCCCGAGAAGGCGCGGGCCAUGGCGCUGCUGCUCUACCAGACCUCGGCCGCGGCGCUGGCCGAGUUCCGCCGCCUGAAGAAGCGCGACGACGCGCGGCACCAGCAGCAGCAGCUGGUCGGGGAGCAGAGCAUCCCGCUGGUGCCGCUGCGCAAGCUGCUGCACGGGCAGAGCUGCUACAAGCCGCCGGUGGAGCGCAGCCGCAGCGCGCCCAAGCUGGGCUCCAUCACCGAGGACCUGCUGGGCGAGGCGCAGGAGGAGCGCGCCCGGCACUUCGAGUGCGAGGACAUCCUGGAGGCGCCCGGCGGCGCCCCGCUGCUGCUGCGGGCGGGCCCCGGCUGCCUGGACGGGCCGGAGCUGACCCAGCUCAUCAGCGACCUGGGCGAGCUCAGCAUCGGCAACGACCUGCAGGCGCUGCGGGCCGACCUGCGCGUCACCCGGCUGCUGUCCGGGGAGAGCACCGGCAGCGAGUCCUCCAUCGACAGCAGCAGCCAGGAGGGGGGCGCCGCGCCCUGCAACGGCCAGGAGGAGGGGGGCGGCCAGGAGCCUGAGACCGGCUGAGCCCGCGGCCGGA